GGAAAACACAUUUCUAGGUGUCUGUCAGUCUGGAACAGUCUAGAAGGGAAAGAGCAAUGUUCUAGUGUAGUUUACAUGUCACACUUUCAUUAGUGCGAUCCUUUUGUGAUAUUUGGCGAAACAAUCGACUUCACGACCUGAAAAGCUUGGGACUGAAUAUAUAUUUGUGUUUCUGUUCUUUAGCUGCCGUGGGGUAAACAUUUUCCCUCCACGCGAUAGAUUGAUAGAUUUGUUCAUACAGUCGACAGUAGAAUAAUUCGUUUCCAAAAUGACUUGGUCCAUAAGCAGUUGUUUCAUUACUCUGGUCGUCCUGUUCCUCUGGCGGGUGGAAGACAUCGCAGAAGCUUGCAGUUGCUCCCCUGCGCAUCCUCAACAGGCUUUUUGCAAUGCAGACGUCGUGAUCAGGGCCAAGGUGGUUGGAAAGAAAGUGGUUGAGGCUGGUAAUGACGUCUAUGGCAACACCAUCAAGAGGAUCAAGUACGACAUCAAACAGAUCAAGAUGUUCAAAGGUCCUGACCGGGAUAUCGACGCCAUCUUCACUGCACCCUCCUCAGCCGUUUGUGGGGUUACUCUGGAAACCAACGGCAACAAGGAGUAUCUCUUCACAGGCAAGCUGGAGACGGAUGGAACCAUGCAUGUAACACUGUGUGACUUUAUUGAGUCUUGGGAGGCCAUGAGUGCCACGCAAAAGAAGAGUUUGACUCAACGCUAUGAGAGUGGCUGCAAGUGCAAGAUCAUCCGCUGCACUUCCAUCCCCUGUACGAUCAGCGCCCCAGAGGAGUGUCUGUGGACGGACUGGGUGAUGGAAAAGAGCCACAGUGGUCCCCAGGCCCAACACUUUGCCUGUAUCAAUAGGAGCGAUGGGUCCUGUGCCUGGUACAGGGGGAUAGCACCCCCCAAGAAGGAGUUCCUGGAUAUUGAAGACCCCUAAACUCUUCAGGCCAUCCACUCACUAUUCAGAGUGACUAAAGAUGUCUGCAAUUAAUACAUGGAAAAAACAAAAGUACGCAAAGCUACGAAUCCAAAUAAUUAUGAUUAAAUGAAUCAGUGAAGUAGUUAAUAACAAUGAAUUACAAGACCCAUAUUGACUUGUCCAGUUGUCCAGUUGUGAUGUCACAUAGAGAGGUCAGGUGACAGGUUGCAGGAAAUAGUCCGUAUGCAAGAGAGCAACAAUCUGGAGAAAACAGCACUUUCUGACCCCCUCACCGCUCUAAAAGCGCUUACUGGUCACUUCUUGUACAAGUGCAAUAAAAAGAAACUACAAAUCAAAUAUAGAGCUUCAAGUAUUAAUUGAUCUUGUGCCGUUCAUUUGUCGCUCGCUUUUAAACUGGAACCAAAGGUGUUAUUGAAACCCAAAAGGGUGAUAUCAAAGUGUUGUUGGCCGAUGUGGUCGUGUUUCUAAAUAGAACAUUAUUCCUAAAGAAUACCAUCCUAAAGCCUGGGGCAUGUUCAGCUGGGCACAAUAUUGUAGAACGUUCAGAUCGUAUGUUAUAUACAUGAAGAACAAACAUUUUUCUCUGACAUAAAGGAGAGAAUCAUGUAAGCUCUAUUCAUUGCAUUUCUAUCUGCAACAUUCAACCUUUGCCUACAACAUUCAACACUAGCCUCCUGAACGUAGCCCUGAAGUAGUUUAGGUCGAAACCAGGGCUUCAGUUUUGUAAUGUCAUUGACCAAAUUAAACAUGACUCAGAUGCAGUGGAGGCUAGUGGGAGGAGCUAUAGGAGGAUGGGCUCAUUAUAAUAGCUGAAAUUGAAUAAAUUGAACGAGUCAAACAUCUGGUUUGAUACUGUUCCAUUUAUUCCAUACCAGCCAUGACAACGAGCCCGUCCUCCUAUAGAUCCUCCCACCAGCCUCCGCUGCUCAGAUUAUUUCUUCCUUGCUUCAUAAGUCUGAUAAUAUUAUUCUUGGUGUAUAUUCUUCGGUGGGAUAAAUAUUCUGUUCAUUUUAAUGUACUAGACAGGAGUGGUCUAAAAAAAUAGGUGCUGUGUCGUAUAACUAGAAGUGCUUCAUCAUUCCUAUUAUAAUAUUAACUGGCUUAUCUAAGGUCUUACUAUGGACCAAAACCCUUUGUUGAUUUCUCUGCAACGGAGACUGUAAACCUGGCUGCUAUGUUUAUAUACCUACACUGCACAUGCCACACAGUACAGUCUGAAAACAAGGUCAUUGAAUCUUCCAUUAUUUUGUUAUGUACGUAUUUUAUAUUUGUUUAGUUCUGGUAUCAUUAUAAUAUUUUGCUUUGGUUGUUUUGUCUCUUGGUGUAAUGCCUCUGUGUAAGAACAUAUUUCAUUAGAGAAAUUGGGAGACUCGUUAUACCUUUUUGCAAAUUACAUGUGUUCUUUGUAAAAAAAACACAAACUUUUUUGUUGUGUGAAUAUUCUCAAAUUGUGAUUGGGGUAAAGGGAAUAUGUUUGGCCCAGUUUUCUGUUCACUUGACAGUACACGUAGUUACUUCACAAAACAGAUCAGACCCAUAUUGUAGCAUGCCAUAAUCUCCACUGAAGACUUGUAUUAGCUCCCCAAGCUAUUGCCAAGGUUUUAGCUUAGCGGGCUAACAUAGUCUUGUGGUGCAUUGGACACCUGGGUUUGAACCCAGCCUGUCAGAGUAGCUUGUUGGUUACCGGUGCUCUGCUUCACCAUGACCCGUCCUCUACAAGAGGUUCAUCUACAAUUACAGUUUUAUUACUUCAGUAAAAACUGAACACAAUGUUGUACUGCUAUAAUAACUUAUCAAUCAUUUGCCGACAGGACAGGGAUACUGUAUCAUAUAACUCCAAACUUGUAUAUCCACGUAAAAAAUAUGAAAUUCUUCUGUAAUGUACAUGGUAUCAAUUCUGUAUUAGUAAGUGUCUCUUUAUGUAAUACUAGCAGAAAAGUAGAAUGAAAUUGGACGACUCGUGCUCGAUCCACAUGAGACUGUGGAGAAGCAACUGAAUUUUUUGCAUGCAUAUGACUCCUUGUGUCAUUGGGACUGUAUGGUAUCUUCAGACAUUGGACAGACGAUACAAAUAAAAGUUUAGAUAUA